AGCUACUGCUGACUAAGCGCGCGUGACCACAAAAGCUUCGACGCGGAUGCAAAAUACCCCCAAAGUUCUUCUUUCCCUCUUUACCUUCCAGGGCUGCGGCCCUUGCUCAUCACAAACGCAGCCGCAGAAAUAUAGUUAAUAGAUCUAAAUUGCAGAUAAUGCGACGACCCGCGUAGUCGUUGCAGGGACCUACUAGUGAACACAUCUUCCAGCCUCCUUGAUUCUUAUUAAACCCUUCCCCUUCCUCAUCACACACACACACACACACACGCACACUUAACCUUCUGUUGGUCUGCGUAUAAUUCUUUGCAACAUGGCCUAUGGUCCACGAUUAGCCAGUGCGGGCACUGCAACUCCGGAUCCCCCGCCUCCUCCCCCUCCCCCUCCUGAGUCUGCCAUGGCAGCACCAACGGAGACCGAGUCUUCAGAUGGGACUGCAGCCGCACCCAUUCAGGAGCAGCAGUCAGACUCUUACAAACUUAGAUUUUGCACGGUGUGCGCAUCGAACCAAAACCGUUCGAUGGAAGCCCAUCUCCGUCUAUCUACUGCACCGUCCCCCUUCCCUGUUAUCUCUUUUGGGACGGGCUCCCUGGUCCGUCUGCCAGGCCCAUCUAUUACGCAACCUAAUGUGUACAAUUUCAAUACCACUUCGUAUUCUCAAAUGUACGAGGAACUGUUCUCCAAGGAUGAGAGGCUCUAUCGUAACAACGGGCUUUUAAACAUGCUCGAACGCAACCGGAACCUGAAAUGGGGCCCGGAGCGCUUCCAAGACUGGGUCCCAGGCAUGCCCCGUGUGGACCAUGUCUCGAAAGGCGACAAAGGCGCCUUGGGAACCGAGGGUGGUGUGGUCGAUGUCAUUAUCACCUGUGAGGAGCGGUGCUGGGAUGCUGUUGUCGACGAUCUCAUGAAUAAAGGAUCGCUCCUCAACCGACCCGUCCAUGUUUUCAAUGUUGAUAUCAAAGAUAACCACGAGGAAGCCCUGGUCGGAGGAAAGGCCAUUCUCGAAUUAGCUAAUCGGCUCAACGAGGCUGCCGUCCAGGAGCGCAAAGCGAAUAAUCCUGAAGGCUGGGAAAACGGAACCGGUGAAGCUCGGAGGAGUUUCGAUGAGAAGGUCCCGGAAAUUCUUGCGGCCUGGCAGGAGAAGUGGCCGAAUUUGCCCGCGCUGUGGACUCUGGCUUGGCUCUAGCGGUUAGAAGUUUAUAGACUCCAAUUAAGUGUCAAUCUAUCUGUUCACAAGAUACCUAUACCCUUUUGAGAAAUUCUAUGCACAUCCAAUGGAUGAAGUUCCGUCAGGC